ACGAGAGCAGAUGAACAGGAACUAGUUGGAGACUUGGCACUGAUUUGAACUGAACAAUUUCAAAGUGAAAACAGAUGAAAGCAUCAUGGAAGGAAUGGGUUAAGGAUGUCUGUCCAUUAUGCUGAAAGGGAGGAAUUAAUCAUCCAAAGCGACGUCACAUUUUGAGAAGAAAGGAAGAUCUGGUAACAGUGAGCUAGGUCUUUAUUCUUGGGACAUCUUUGGAAAUAUAUUGCUGUGAGUUGGCAGCCAGCAUGCUCCCUUUCCCAACAAGGAGAUUGCCUACAUCAAUUUUUCUGGACCACAAACUCUACUACCUACUCCUAAAUGUCUGUUUUUGUGCAACAGCUUGGCCACGUGGGGACAACUGCCCAAGCUUUCAGUGGAACGCCAUGUGUCGUCCGUGUUGUGAGUACCAGCUGAUCCAGUGCCGCUGUCCCUCAAAAGGGUCGAGGGUUGGCUACACUGUCCCCUGCUGCCGCAAUGCUCUGGAAGAGUGUGACCCCUGUAUCUUUCACCCAGGCUGCAGUCUGUUUGAGAACUGUAAAGCUUGCCACAAUGGGACAUGGAAAGCUAAUGACGACUUCUUCGUCAAUGGAAAGUAUUGCACAGAGUGUCGCCAAGGCUGGAGCGGAGGGGACUGUAAAACAUGUGGAGACGUCAUUCAACGGGCCCAGGGUCACAUAUCCAUGGAGAGUUACCCAACAAACACCCGGUGUGAAUGGACAGUGCAAGUGGGGAGGGACAGCAGCAUCGAGCUGAGGUUUUCACUGCUCAGCCUGGAAUCAGACCAUAACUGUCGUUAUGACUAUGUUGAGUUGCGUGACGGCAACGAUUUGAGCUCCCCUGUGAUUGGAAGAUUUUGUGGGGAUCAGCUGCCUCCUCCAAUUAAAAGCUCUGGGAACAACGUGCACAUCCUGUUCUCUUCAGAUGGAUUCAACAACUUUGAUGGCUUUGUUCUGACAUUUCAGGAAAGUUCAGGUUCAGCCAUCAAGAAUCCAGAGUGUAUACUUCCAGAGAAACCUGUGAAUGGGUAUUUGCUGCCUUAUUAUGGAUCAAAGGAGGAACUUGCAUCUGUACAUUACCGGUGCCAUCUACCUUUUACACUGAUAGGCUCCCAGCAGAGGAUCUGUCUGCCUAAUAGCACAUGGAGUGGCACAGUUCCUAUGUGUGUCAAAGGCCGAACAAGCAGAGUCCGGUGUGCCCCCCCCUCUAAAUUGCUCAAUGGCUACCACAGACCUUCUAGUGAUACAGCUGGAGGUGAAGAAACCAUUGGAUUUUUCUGUAAAAACUCUUACAUCCUAAUUGGAAACCACCUGAGUACCUGCCUCUCUGAUGGAUCCUGGAGUAGCAGGCCACCCAAGUGUUUGAGAGCAUGUCGGGAGCCCAAAGUGUCGGAACUUGUGCGACAAAUUGUUGUGAAGCCACAUCGGAUAUCAAGCGAGAAUCUAGACCAAAGAAUCCCCCUUUCAUCAAGAUACAACAUGCAUGAUCUUUUAUCAGCUGGCUUUAUUCCACUCAAAUUGAAUAAACAGUCAGAAAAAGACGACACCGGUUUCCUGGAGUUUCCUAAAGGUUUUCACCCAGUGCACACGAGGAUUGAGUACAAGUGUUCCUCCCCGCUAUAUCGCCCCACAGGUAGCACUCGACGCACCUGUCUGAGAUCUGGCAGGUGGAGUGGGCGCCAUAUUUCCUGCUCACCAGUUUGUGGCAAAUUCAACACUUCCAAUCUUCUACACAACCUCACGGACACGCUGUUGCCAUGGCAUGCAGCCGUCUAUAUCCGCACACCUGCUGAACAUACUGGCAGCACCCACAGGCCCAGUGGAGAAGCCAUUUCUCUCCAGCAGGGGGCCUCAGAGGAGUCCACAUUCUGGCUCCUGGCCUGCAGCGGGGCUCUGCUCACCCAGCGGAGCGUCCUAGUGGCCGCUCGGUGUGUGGUAGACAAGGACAAGCAGCAGACCCUCCACCCAGCACAUGUAAAGGUUGUCACAGGCCUGCAAUACCAGACAUCCAGGGGUCGUCAGAAAAGUCUGCACCAUCUCAGGGUUUCAGAUAUUUUAGUCCAUCCAGAUUUUUACUCUGCACCAGACUCCCAAGUGGCUGUGCUUAAGCUAAGAGACAAGGCCAAGAUCAGUGAGCGUGUGUUGCCAGUGUGUCUACCCAAAGUUCAAGGUGGAGAGGUCACAGCGUUUGAGGCUUACACUUCGAGGUGGAUUUUACCAAAGGAUCACCUUAGCGGCAACACUCCCUCGAGCCAGACAAGACUUGUUGAGUUGGUUGAUGUUGCUCAAUGUGAAAGGGAAUUUGCCAAAGGAAGAGCCCACACAACAAUGAUCAGUGACAAUACACUGUGUGUCAUGAGGAAGUCCAGUUCUCAAAAGCCCUGUUCCAGUGUUAUUCCAGGUAUCACAACCAUGCCAGCUGUGUUGACAUCAACAAGCGGUGACUUGCCGGGUCACAAGGAGACUCAGGGAGCUUCAGGCUCUGGCUGGCAACUUCUUGGUUUAGAGAGUUAUAGCUACAAGGAAGAGAACUGCCACCAACAGACUUACACAGUUCAAACAAGAAUAGCUAAUUUCCGAGACUGGAUAGAGAAAAAUAUGAAGUAGGUUUACCCUCUCAAUAUUUAAUGUAGAGCUGAUUUAUCUGUAACCUCUCAGAUGGUCAUUUAUUUCCAGGUCGUCAAUAUCAUGAAGAGUGGAACUCUACUCGUAUAUCUUAUGUGUACAUGUCAUUGUUCUGGAUUUGGGCCACUUCAAACAACUCAACAGGAUCUGCUUAACACACACAAUCACAUGCUCAUGAUGUGUGAAUGUAAUGUGGUGCUGUGUAUUUUUCAUAAUUUUUAUAAAAAUGGUUUUAAAAAUGUAAAGAAACCCAGCAGAUGCCAGAAUAUUAUAACAUAGAGUUAUUAAUGACAUUACCACUGUCAAUUAAGAAAUGUUCUUAAAUACCUGAUUAUCUUUUAAGCCCUGUCUGGGUCUAGCUAUCUCUAGGCGUCAUUCCAAAAGUGAGCUAACCAUUAGCAGUCAGGUGUUAUUGUUUUUUAUUUAGCAUUUAUUUCCUCUGGAUUAAUUUUGAUGCAUAUCUUAUUUUGCUUUGUUACUUUAAUGUGUUACUUUACUUUAAAAUGCAGUUUAUAUUUUUUAUCAUAUAAUGAUUUAUAAUAUUAAACAACACCAUAUCAUAUAAAUGAAUACACUAUAAUAAAAAGCCAUUUUAAUAUCCCAAAAAUGCUCCAUCCCUGAUCACUGCUGGCUCCAGGCUCCUGACCUCUCUGAGUAUCCAGGAGAUAAUCAUUUUCCAAGAAGGAUAAGUCAUUAUCUGCCAAGUAGGGCACACAAUGUGCAGACUUGCAUGCAAUUAUCUUCUGCUGAAUUGUUAUGAGACAUAAGGAAAUUUUUCAAUUUAGUUUGCAUGUAAAAUCUAAAUUCCCAAUUUAAAUAGUUUACAUGCAUUUUCAAAGCAAAACUCCUGAUCAGUUAAAAUGUAAUGAUAGAUCCUUUCCUUAAUUUGUAUGCAUUUCCAAGCUGUUCAUGUGUGCAGCAGUACAUCACAUAUGUAAAGCAUGUCCUAGCAUCUAUCACAGAACAUACUGUAUGCAGUACCUGUGUGUCUGUGGCGAUUGCAUGUGAAGCUAUGCGUUCCUUCCUCUGUAUACUGUCAAACAUGUGCUGUCAUUCAGAAACACACUGAGAGGAUUUGCUAAAUUUAGCCAUUACUCCUGAGACGUACACACCCGCUGUGCUCUCCGCGGCUUUGUGCAGGACACCUUUUAAUCCCGGCCAAUUAAACAAUGAGUAGCUCAGUAGUCUGUCUCAGAUACUUGCAAAGUGGUUCCAACUGAUGAUUGUUCUGCUUAAUUAAAUUACUGAACAAAAGCUGCAAAGUCCGGAAACUGCAUCACACUCGACACAGAAACAAAUCUCUAAUACUGCAGAGC